AUGACGAAAGCAGGAGACGUGUCGGGCGAUAGCGGUUACGAUAUGCACGAACUCAUCGACCUCGGCGACUCGACCGACGACGAGGUUGUGGUUGGCCUGCUGCCCCCGCCUCCACCUCCCACUCCCGCGAUUAGGCCUGGCGCCGUGGUCCAGAAGAAGGCCCAGGAGAUCGUCGAGGAGACUGAUGAGGUGGAUGAGAACCACGAGAACGACGUAGGUGAUGAGGCUUCGGAUGAAGAGGGCAGUGAUGAAGACGAGAUUCAGGAGGAACGAGAGCAAAGCGAGGAGGAGGAGGAGGAAGAGGAGGAGGAGGAAGAGGAGGAGGAAGAGGAGGAGGAAGAGGAGGAGGAAGAGGAGGAGGGAGAGGAGGAGGAAGAGGAGGGGAACGAGGAGGAGGACGAGGAGGAGGAAAAGGCACGCGAUGCACCCAUCGCUGUCACUGCUUGGAGCGAAGGUGGAGAGCAGGACGAGUCGGACGACGAAGAAGUUGUGGAGCCUGCCAAGCAAGUGAACGUCGUCCCUAGACCCCCACCCCCCAAGAUCGCUUCAAACAUUCCCAACCUAACUCAGAAGAAGAAGACCGUCGACAAUGCCGUCACCAAGAAUGACCAGACCGCCAAAGUGACUUCCGGUGGUCGUGGCCGCGGCCGCGGACGUGCUACUCGUGGAGGCCCUUCCGCUCGCGGUGGUCGAGGUGGCACCACCACUGCCGCCACACUCCAGACUCACCUCGACGACCCUCACAACCCCAUCGCUGCAACCACGCCGACCGCGUUCGACGUCAAAAUAAGUAACGACCCUCUUUCCGCUCCGAUCACUUCGCCUUCUCCCCGCGGUCGAGGUAGACCCAGAGGCCGUGCCUCUGCCGGCGGUGCUGCACGAUCUCCUCGUGGAAAAGCCAGAUCCCCCACCGCUGUUGCCGCUGCUACAAUCGUCGAUGCCAGCCCCACUCCUCCUUCCAGCUGCUGUUCCGCAACCGGAAGCAAGCACACCCAGUCCAGUACUCCGCCCAGCACACCGUCCAGCGCUGGCUCCAACAAGAGCACCACUUUCCGAUCGCUCGCCGCCGUCGAUCAGUUCAUUGCAAAGGCUCCUCCCGUCUCUCCGACCCCUACCGCACCCAAAACGACGCCUGCAAAGGGACGAAAGCGAAAGGUCAACGAUGGCAGCUCGACUGCUACUCAGCCCGAGUACGGGGUGAAGGAUUGCAUUUCACCCGAGAAAAAGAAGCGCAUGUACAAGCAGAUGCCCAAGCCUAAGGAUGUCCCGACGAGGGAUGAGAAGAAGGAGAGUACAGAUGGAGUCACUGUUCUCAUUCCUGUGAUGACUGCAGCGGAGAAGGCGCGUGCAAGUGUGAGCCCUCAAGGAACGGUCACUCAGACUCAGCCUUCGCCUUCGACUCCAAGCAAGGGUACGAAGAAGACUCAGCCGAAAAAGCCAAAGGCCGUUUUCCGACGGUUUGAAGAAGUAAACAAAUGCGGAACAACCAUGUCGAUCAUCCGCAAAAGGCAACAUAUCCCAAACGAUAAGAAGUCAACGCUGCGCCUCGAGAGCGACAAACAGGAGGACGUGUGA